ACAGCGUGAUCAGAAGAAGAAAAGAUGUCGUCCCGGAAGGAUGCAGCGCCAAGUCGUCGCCGCUCCAGCGUCAUGGCGCACAAGUCCACGGCGCAGCAGUCGCACAGGCUGAGCGUCUGGAGCUCGACGUCGUCGACAUGCAGCUACGCGGCGAGCAACUCGACCGACCCGGAAGCACGUCACCACCCCGACUCGGGCCAUACCUUGUCGGAGCCGCUGCAAACGGACAGCGAAAUCUGGAGGUUCCUGCACGACCCCUUCAACAUCGAGCCCGAGAUGGCCGGUCCGCUGCUGCAGUUCCCGCUCGACCUGUACCGGCGCAUGCGCCAGGAAGGCGGCAACGUAGUGCUGUCGCCCUGGUACCUGGCUUGCAUGCUGGUCACCAUGUACCACGGCUCGGGUGGAGACACGCGGACCCAGAUCGCGCGCGUGCUCCACACGGACGACGAUGGCGAGAUCGUGGCGCGCUUCGACAGUCACGCCAGCCGCCUGUUCUGCAGGGACUUCCACAAGCCGCGACACACACACUCUGGACUCAAUGUGACGUCCUAUGCUGGCCUCUACCACGACGCCCGGGUCAACCUGUCCGCGGAGUUCAAGGAGCCACUCUCGAACCUCGACAUUCACUUCCACGUCCAGGACUUUGAGGAGAGCCCCGAGCAGAGCAGGCUCGCCCUGGACGGCUUCCUACGCGCUCUCACGGGCUUCUGCUUCGAGCGGGACAUCUUCAGCGGCGACAGCGUGGACCUGGACACGUUCGUGGUCCUGGCCAGCGUGUUCUGCUUCGGCUCGCGCUGGUUCGCCGCGGGCGGAGCCCAGCGCUCGAAGGGCGUGUUCCACCCCGAGUACGCCGGCGACGACCGAGUGGGCGAGGAGGUGCCGACGCUGUCCCUGACCGGCGCCUUCCGGUACGCCCGGUUCCACAAGGGUGACCCUUUCUCCGGAACCGUAGUGGACCUGCCUUACCAGGACCCACGGCGGUCUCUCGUCAUUUUCAUCCCGGCGCCCAAUUCGAGCCUCGUUGAGUUGGAGAAGGCGCUCACAGCAGCCACUAUCCUGACGUGCCUCGGCCGUUUAGAGCGACGAGGCCAGGUGACGGUGACCAUGCCCAGGAUAAAGGUGAAGUGCCUCACCGAUCUGAAGAACUACCUGCCGCCCAUGGGCGUGACGGACGCGUUCAACGAUACCGCCGACUUUGUCAACAUGGCGCGAAUCGUGGGGCUCAGGCUUUCGGCGGCGAAGCACUUGGCCGUGUUCAGGGCUGGACACAAGGGUCCCAAGGUUGCCUCGGCUGAAGCCAAGGCAGAGGAGACCGCGCGCACCGCCAGCGGUGGCAAGAACGUGUUCAAGAUAACGGUCGAUAGGCCGUUCAUGUUUGUCGUGCUCGCCCGUGAUCCGGAUACCGUUCUCAUGCUCGGUUCAUUUACGCACAUUAUCUAACACGACGCAGGGACGGGGACGCGAGGGCGCGUUUCCUGCUAUUUUCGCCGAUGCAGUAAUAUAUU